AGGUCGAUCCCUGCCCUGGGGAGACCCCGUGUGCCACAGGGCAGCUAAGCCCUGUGCUGUGGAACCUGUGCUCUGCAACAGAAGAAGCCAGAGCAAUGAGAAGCUUGAGCACCACAACGAAGUGCAGCCCCUUCUCGCCUCAAACAGAGAAAGCCCACGCACAGCAGCAAAGACCCAGCAUGACCAAAAACAAAUGAAUCUUUAAAAAGUUAUUAAAAACAAAAGCUAUAUUUUCCUGUGCUGUACAACAUAUCCUUGUUCUUAUCUUUUUAUACAUAGUGAAACUGAGCAGGACCCUGUGGGACCUUCAUGGGAGAAACAUCCCCAACGCUCAUGUCCCCUGACUCCCACUUGACCCACUGGGUGUGCUGCACAGCUUGCGGGAUCUUAAUUCCCUGACCAGGGACUGAACGCGGGCCCUGAGCAAUGAGAGCAUGGAGUCCUAACCCUUUGACCACCAGGGAAUUCCUGUCCUGACUCUUGUUUAUGGAAAAUUUUAUCCUCUUUGGCUUUCCUGGAAUUCCAAAAAGCAAAAUCAGAAAAGUGAGAAGAUGCAGAAACAAAGGAAGGCAGUCGAGUGUGACAACAUCAUAAUAGUUUAGCCAUAAAACAAAGUGAAGGACCUUUAAAGUUCCUCCUCAGGGGCAAUGGAUGAUAUCCUGAGCCAUGUCCUUGAGCUAUUUUGCAGUUACUAAAACCCCUACCAGGUGGAAGAAGUUAACUGCAUGCUGACAACCAGCAUGUAGCCUCCCAGACCAGUUGGAGUUAGAAAACUGAUAAUUAAUAUCCUGAAAAUAUCACCGUUAUCUCAUCAUCAACCAGAGAAUUGUGCUCAGGCUGACACAUCCUGCUACCCUCUUCCUCAUAGUGUCUUUAAAAUCCCUUCUUUGAAAGUCAUUGGGGACUUAAGGUCUUUUGAGCAUGAGCUGCCUGUUCUUGCAGUAAACCCUGUACUUACCUUUCACCACAAGGGAAUAUCAAUGGUUUGGCUUUUCUGUGCAUCAGGUGACUGGCCCAAGUUUGGUUUGGUAACAGCAGUUUGAGUCUCUUAGGCCCAUAGCCCUAUUUGGCCUCUCCCCCAUGAAAUGUUUAUCAGCUUCUGCUACCAGCGGACACAUUUUGUAUCUGAAGGACUAGGAAUGAUAUGUGUGCUUGGCUCUGUGUCCUCUGAGAACUUCAGAAAUAAUACAGGUAGCCUCAGGCAGCAUGAAGUUCACAGAAACUGAACUAACACAUCUCCAGUCUUGGGUGAAUGUCUUCAGACAACACAACAUCCCCCAGAAGUCCUGAGAUCUGCCCCUUUAAGAACGAACAAGAGGCUUCUAAGUCCUUGGACGGGUGAACUCCAUUUCCCAGCGCCCCUGGGGUCUAAACUUGUCAGAGUGCAAAGGGGUGGGGUGAGUUACCCCCUAGCGUGAGAACUACAGAACCCAGAGUACUCUGCUGUGCAGCCUUGCUGAGCCAAUGAAGGCUCAGAACAGGCGUUUCCGUGCGGGGCCCCUAGCGAGGGGCGGGGCUUCCGGCGUCCUCCUCCGGGCGGUCAUUUUGGCUGCUCGGGUGUGUUCGUCCGGACAGAAGUUCCGGAGCCGUGAGCCGGGGCCGACAGAACAGGACCGACAAAGCGUCAGAGGAGUCCCGCUGCACAGAAGCGAGUCUGAGGUUCGGCCGCAGCACCGCGCGAGAUGAUUCGCACCAGGGCCGGUUUAAGACCCGCCGGCCCGCUCCCGGACCCACUCCGCCCGAAGGCCUGGAUGGCUGCGGCCGAUCGGAGGGACCCGCCGCAGACUGGAUCCUGAAACUCCUGGUGUAGAUUGACAUUCCUGUUAGCGUGGCGAGGAGCAAAAACAGAAAUAUGGGGCGUGGGUACAGGCAGUAAGUCCAAUACAUUCUCAGCAGUAGACUUGCUUCUGGACCUGCCUCUGAAGUCAGAGCCACGCGUACCAUCCUGAUCCUGUGUUUUAUUCACUGCUGUGAGAACCACAGUGCCCAGAGGACCCCGAGCCAACAAAGGCACGUGAGCGUGGAACCAAUGAAGGUCCAGGAGAGGGCCAUUUCUGUGUGUACCAUCGUGUUGGGACAGGACUUCCCGCAUCCUCCUAGUGGCGAUCUGUUUCCUACUCAGAGGUUCCAGAACACUGGGUCGGUUCCAAGGUGACCCAGACUGAGAAGGAGACGUGAGCAAGAAAAGUCACUGUGCCUGCUUCACAGAGACAGAUCUGAAGCACUAGGCUGCUGCACCUCGGAGUCCGAUGGCGGCGGCGACACUGAGGGACCCGCAUCAGGGAAGUGUGACCUUUGAAGAUGUGGUUGUGUACUUCUCCUGGGAGGAGUGGGGUCUCCUGGAUGAGAAUCAGAGAUGCCUGUACCACGAUGUGAUGCUGGAGAACUUUGCGCUCGUGACCUCACUGGGUUGUUGGUAUGGAAUGGAGGAGGCAGUGGCAUUUUCUGUGGAGAGUGUUCCCGUAGAACAAACAUCACGGGGCAAGACUGUAGUUCCAUACCCAUCCAUUGAGAAGACACAGCCCUGUGAGGGGUGUGUCAGGGCCAGGAGAGACGGUCUACAGCUGCCUGAGCACCAAGGCCUGCAUCUUGAGCAAAACUCACAGCCCUGUGAGGAGUAUGAGAAGCAACCAAGGUUUAGCCCUGGCCUCCACCCAGAGCCCAGCAACGAGAAGCCAUCCAGAAGGGACACAGACAAGGCACGUGUGAGAAGUUACAGAUUUCACGUAUCAGCAAAGCCCUUCACUUGUGAGGAAGUGGGCAAGGAUUUCCUGGCUAUGCUGAACCUCCUCCAGCAUCAGGCCACACUCAAAGGGACAAAGCCACAGAGCAGCUUUCAGUGUGCAGAGCCCUUUUUUGAUGGAAAAAGUCAGUACAAGUGCAGUGAGUAUGAGAAACUGUUUAGCUGUGAAUACACACUUUUUCAGGAUCAGCAGAUUCUCACUAGAAAAAACUACCAGGACUGUGAUGACUGUGAGAAACCUUUUAACCAAAGUUCCCUCCUUAUCAAUUGCCAGAGACCUGAUAACACAGGAGCAAGGCCUUACGAGUGCAGCGAAUGUGGGAAGUCCUUCAGCCAAAGCUACAGACUCAUUCAGCACCACAGAAGUCACACUGCAGCACGGCCUUAUAAGUGCAAUGAAUGUGGGAAAGCCUUUAGCUACAAAUUAAGACUUGUGCAGCACCUACAGAUUCACAGUAAAGUGAGGCCUUAUGAGUGUGGCGAGUGUGGGAAAUCCUUCAGCUACAGCUCUACUCUCAUUAAACACCAGAGAGUUCACACUGGAGCCAGGCCUUAUAAGUGUGGUGAGUGCGGGAAUUCGUUUAGCCAAAGCUCCAAUCUUAUUCAACACCAGAAGAUCCACAGUGGGGCGAGGCCUUAUAAAUGCACUGAAUGUGGAAAAUCCUUCAGCUACAAAUGCAAACUUGUGCAGCACCUGCGCAUUCACACUGGAGAGAGGCCUUAUGAGUGUGGGGAAUGUGGGAAAUCCUUUAGUCACAGCUCCACCCUCAAUCAACACCAGAGAAUUCACACUGGAGCCAGACCUUACAAGUGUGAAGAAUGUGAGAAAUCCUUCAGCCAAAAGUCCAAUCUCAUUCAGCACCGGAGAGUUCACACAGGAGAAAAGCCUUAUGAAUGUGGGGAAUGUGGGAAAUCCUUCAGUCAAAGCUCCCACAUCAUUCAACACAGAAAACUGCACACCAGAUAACCUCACGAAUGCAAUGACUGUGAGAACACCAGUCACAGCCAAUGUCUAUAUUCAACUAGAAAAUUAUGCAGCAGAUUUGGGGAAACCAUCUUAAAGGUCUAAGCCCAGCAGGGAACAUGGGUUUCUUUGUGAAGGGGCCAUCUCCUAGAAGUUGAGCAUUAUACAGCUGAACAUACACAGCAAAAACAUUCCUUUUGAGUUUGUAGGUUGGUGGGAAGCUUUUAGGAGGCUUUCUGCAUAUUUCACUGCUGGCUCUGUUUCCUCAGUUACAUCCCUUCUGGUUUCUGUGGCAGAAGCCUCACCCCUACCAGCCAGUAGUUUCCAGGUUCCAACACUUUGUAUCAGUCCUGGCAGUUUGAUCAGGGGAGGGAGAUGUCUCAUCUCUGUCCCAUUCUUUACAGAACAGUAUGAAUAAUUUUCAGGGUUGCCUCAUAUUCCUUCCCCUCUGACAAAUUAGGGCUCAAUCCAGUUUUAGUAAAGUGUGGGUAACAUUGGCAGCAGUAGGCUUACCACCUUCCACUAGAGGUCCAGCUUGCAUAGCUGCCAAAAGUCUCCUAGGAAAGAAGGCUUUAGUAAAGGGUCCUAAUUUAUGGCCUGGAUGCAAGGAAUUUGGUGGACCCAGAGGUCACCUGUAAGAGGCACCUCUGGUGCUUCUGUGAGAAGCAUAGAAAUCAGUUCCCUUUUCCCCAGUAUUACACAUAAUCCUGAGCACUGUUGUGGAGAAGCUCCAGGUACUGCAAAAAUCAUGUGCCUUCAGGUCUCAAGCUGGGUUUUUUGGUGUUACUGAACGGUUUCAAGGGUGAAGCCAGAAACUUCACACGGAAAUGCUGGAUGUGGUUAUGUGCACUGGAGGAGCUGUGGCAAUGGAAGGAAGUGCCUGUUGUAAAGGCACCUCCGCAAAUGUCCCGGUGGCUGUGAUGUGUUAGAUGAGUGUGGACACUCCCAUCAUGUGUUCUUCCUUUAGCUGAGGUCAGUGUCAGAGCAAAUAAAGCUUUGCUUAUUCUCUUAACCUCUGGACUCUUCACCCUGAGCCUCGUGCUGCACAGACAGUGACAGACGGGGGUGAAGCGAGAUGCUGGAGCCCAGGGAUGUAGCUUUUGUGACCAGUUUCCUGCUGACUCAAAAACAGUCUUUACCAGUAUAUUUUUUCCCUGAUGGAGGGCCUGCCAGGGAAAUACAGGUUUCUAAAGCUCUGGUUAUGAAAAAAAAACUAGGAAAAUUUCUAUGUAAAACAAAUUUCUACAAAGUUUUAUUGAAAUAUAAUUGAUUAAAAUUAUACAAUAUGAUACUAUUUACUUGUACACCCAUAAAACUAUUAAAAAACAUAUCUACAACAAA